CCCAUUUACGACUCUGCGUGCUCCAAAACGCCCCCCCACUGGCCAGCCGAUUCCUCGGCCACCGCUGAAAAAAGGACUGCCAGUCAAGCAUUGGACUGCCAUCUCCCGCAAACCGCGAACAGCAUGACCUCUCGCCAUCGUUGACGAUACCAGCUGCACUUUCUCGCCCUCCAAUCCUCCCUCGAUCCUCAUCAUGGGCAACGGCCAGGGAAAGCCCGUCGACCUGACAGGCGAAGCCAACCUCAACCACUUUCGCCUGCUACGAGUUGUCGGCCGAGGCGCCUUUGGCAAGGUCCGCAUCGUCGAGCGCAAAGACACCAACCUGACAUUUGCGCUCAAAUAUAUUCGUAAAGAUGAAGUUGUCAAGUCUGAAAGUGUUCGAAAUAUCAUUCGCGAGCGACGAAUGCUCGAGCAUGUCAACCAUCCCUUCAUCUGUAACUUGCGCUACAGCUUUCAGGAUAUCGAGUACAUGUACCUCGUGGUCGAUCUCAUGAGCGGUGGCGAUUUGCGAUUUCACAUCUCCAGAAAGACCUUCACCGAAGAAGCCGUCCGAUUCUGGAUAGCCGAACUGGGCUGUGCUUUGCGCUAUGUCCACAGCCAGAAUAUCAUACACAGAGACGUCAAGCCAGACAAUGUCCUUCUCGAUGCCGAGGGGCAUGUCCAUUUGACCGAUUUCAACGUGGCCUCUGACAUUGUUCCCGGGCGCAUCAUGACUAGCAAAUCCGGAACAUUGGCCUACCUUGCCCCAGAAGUCUAUUCGGGCAAAGGAUACGAUAUCCGCGCCGAUUGGUGGUCAUUGGGUGUCUUGUUCUAUGAGUGUAUUUACAACAAGCGACCUUUCGAGGGCAACAGCGAAUCUUCGCUCAGCCAACAGGUUCAAUUUUCUCAGCCAAAGUAUCCCGUCACACAACCUCCCGUCUCGUUGACAUGUCUUUACGCUAUCCGUGCCGCUCUUGAGCCCAAUCCCAACGCCCGACUUGGUUCUACAUGGGAGAGCUUCAUCUACAACGAUUUCUUCAAAACCAUCAACUUCGAUUUGCUCGAGCAGAAACGCAUCGAGCCUAUUUUCGUUCCCUCAUCGGACAAGACCAACUUUGAUGCAACUUACGACUUGGAAGAGCUGCUGCUGGAAGAGGCGCCGCUGGAAGCUCGCGCAAGGCGACAGAAACCUAGAGAGCGAUUAAAGGAAGACGCUACGGACCAGGAAAUCCGCGAAGAUGAGCUGUAUAGAAUGAUUGAGACGGAUUUCCGCCCAUUCGACUAUACCAUUGCAGCCUACAAGAAAAUUACGGCUUCUCAAGGCGAAGACGGAGAUCCAUCUUCAAUGGAACCUCAGGCCAUUACAACAGACGAAGUUACGCACGUGCCUGCGGUAAAUGAGCCGCCGGUGACAUAUCCCCUUCCUCCCGUGGAACCAACCGUCAGCAACGAUAUGCGAGGAAAUCCAAAUCAAGCACAGUCCUCCGCAUAUCCUGGACAAACCCAAUACGUACCCCGAUCACCGCAAAUGAGCAAGCGAGUAACCAGCCCUACUGGCGGGGUGCAGCUGACACUAGACGGCGGAGGCAGCUGGUCUGAGCUCGCUCGUCAAGACGCAACUCUUCCCAAGGAUGCCAAUACCGCCGCAGAAUCCAAGAACGAAAGCUCCGGCGGUAUGUUUGGAUUCUUGAAGAGCAAGAAGGGAAGAAACAACAGCCCCAGGCCCAAGGAACGGGGUGUUUUGGGCAAAGAAGGGGCCAGAGUGGUCAUUAGCUGAAGGGUCGAGAUUGCGGCGUAAUUGCGACAUGACAGCUUCUAUCUAGGACAACGAAUCGGAUGCGAUACCCACGACGAAAACGAGUACGCGAUACGGCUAACGGAUUCACACGGAGUUAACGGAAGACGGAUAUUCUGAAUUCUAUGCGGGCCGGCUUGCAUGAUUGGACCUGGGAUACUCGUGAGAAUGAGAAUCACUCAGGCCAUGUCAACCAAGCGGAACGUACACCUCCAUUUCCUUUUUCCACCUCACCUGGUUCGAGUCUGUUAUGAAACGUCCAAGGAGGCAUACGUAUAUCGUCUCUUUG